UUCAAACUUGCUCUUUGCUGCUGCUUAUGCUUAUACAGUUUAUUUCGACUAUCAUACCGAAGUAUUCUACAACUUAUGUCCAGAACUUGCAUUUAAUUUACAAUACUUUGGCCGCAAUUAUUGCUUUAUUUGGAUUAACCAAUUCAAUUAUACUUAAUGGGCUUCAUUUUAUUGCGACCUCGCUAAUUUUCCCUGUUGGAUUGACUGUCACUGUUCUCUUUUGGGCACUAGUUUAUUUGGAUCCGCAAUUUCUUUUGGACAAAGAAGCUGAGAUUCUUAUGUCGGCACCAUGGUUUAAUCAUUGUUUGCACACUCUUCCCUUAUUGACAAUGACAAUAGAUUUUUUGCUUUGGCGUCAUUCUAGACCGUCUUGGAAAAGUGCAUUUAUAAUAAUUUAUAUUUUUAUGAUUGCUUAUUUGAUCGACAUUCACUACUUCUACUAUUUUUACAAUUUUUGGGCAUAUCCAAUCCUCGGAAUUUUAUCAUUACCUAGACGAAUCUUCUUUAUUAUUUUAUGCAUUGUUGUACUAUUUGCAUCAUUUUUGGUUACCGAUGCUUACAAUAGAAUUAUUCAUUUCAUCUUGCUAAAGCAACGUGGAACAGUGAAAAAAUUGAAGAAAAAAUGA